UCUGGCAAUGGCACUCUCAUAAUAAGUUAUUAAAGAUGCCGUAAUAAUACAGGCAGUAGCCUGACUUUGAAUAUUUGAUAUAUGUAUUUUACAAUAGCCUAAAUGAAAGCAAUGGAUCUACAUGUUUUUCAUCAUUGUUUAUUUUUAAAUAAGCCUUAUACACUUUAUUGUAAUGAUGUCACUGAUUUGCCACGAUUGGCUGGUCUCAAUAUUUUCUCAGCAUUACAUUGUUUUCAAUAACAUUUCCCACUGCAGCCUAUAUGCCAAGCGUAGCAUUUGGAAAUAGCCUAUGCACUCAUCUACUCAUGAAUAGAGAUAAAAACUAGGCAAUGAUCAAUUUGUAGGUUAGUAUAUGAGAUUGUUGUUCUUCUCAUGUAUGUUGUUCAGGUUGGGCCGAUGGGUUUGUCGCGAUGCCGUGCCACGUCCCUGUUUGAAAGCACCAAUAGGGACAGCACUCAGAAAGAGAGGGGGUAUAUUCAUUACAUAAACCGUUUACAGGGUAAGAACCAAACGAAAGCAAACAGAGGAAACAACAGUUUCUAUUGGACAAAUGCAGGUAGGUCCCUCUCCGUUUCGUCCCGUUUGUUUCCGUUUAAGAAGCGCUUUGCAACAGAAUCGGCGUAAUGAAUACGCCCCAUGCAGGUAGCUACCUGGGUCACGUGGACCGCAGCGCACACAGGUAGGUGCAUCACAAAAAAAAAGGAACAUUCACCAUUACACUGCGAUGAGGUGUGCCGAAGAUUUUGCAUAGAUUACCAAGCAAUCAAGAAGCCACUAAAAAUAUCUGGAGUUGCUGAGCACACCUUUGCGCAUAGGUGUGUGGGUGGCUGGAUUCUUUGGGUUCUAUACUGUUCUGGGGGUGUAGCUGUAGGUUAUUUUCUAUUACUUUGGGUGUAAUUAGAGUAGUUUCUUUUUGUAUUUAUCCUGAAAAUGACGGCUCAGGUAGACUACCUGGUGGUGUUGUUCACCACCACAUCUGGCGCUUGCGGAGACCUCUUGGGUUCGGACGAGACGGAGCUCGAGCAGUUGGUGUGGCAGCUCGUGGACUUGAAGAACAAAAAGUUGGGAAAGGUGAAUGAGGUGUUAAUACGGCCUGAGCACUCGGACCUUACAGAAGAUUGUCUGGGGGAGAGAGAGGACAGCGAGGAGUCCGUCUCUACAGUCACAGACUUGGAGCACGCGCUAAACCAGUUCCAUCUGAGAUUGACCAAUGAGGUGAACAGCUUGGGCGCGGGCACGUCAGUGUGUGUGUGUACGGACGGGCAGCUCCACAUUCGCCAGGUUCUCCACCCCGAAGCUGCGGGCAAGAACCUGGCACUGCCAGAAUGUUUCAACUCCUUUUUUGACCUAAAGAAAGAGUUCAGGAAGCACUUCCCCUCUGCAGACACCAAGAGCCUGGAGGUGCAGUACAUGGCAGAAUCUCUCAGUGUAACUGUGGAGCCAGUAGCCAUAUUGGAGCCGCCGGCCGUACUGGAUCCAACGGCUGUGUUGGAUCCGACGGCCAUGUUGUCACCGGUCACAGCAGCACUGCAGGUCCAGACCAUGGCCAACAUCGUCCUAGCCCUGCUAUUGGAACCCUUAUGUCACACAUUCUCAAACCCAGAGAGAGUCACUGAGAAGUUUGAAAGUGGCACUUGCAGUAAGAUGGAGCGUGUGUGUGACAACACAGUGAUCAGAGCAAGGGGGUUGCCGUGGCAGUCAUCUGACCAGGACAUCGCUCGCUUCUUCAGAGGACUCAACAUUGCCAAAGGUGGUGCUGCGUUGUGUCUGAACGCCCAGGGUCGGAGGAACGGAGAGGCUAUGGUCCGCUUCAUCAGUGAAGAGCACAGAGACAUGGCCCUGCAGAGACACAAACACCACAUGGGCAACAGAUACAUAGAGGUGUACAAGGCAACAGGAGAGGACUUCCUUAAGAUAGCAGGCGGUACCUCCAGUGAGGUGGCGUUGUUUCUGUCUCGUGAGGACCAGGUGAUUGUCAGGAUGAGAGGUCUUCCCUUCACCGCCACACCUGACCAGGUGCUGGCCUUCUUCUCCCAGGGGGAGGGGCCUAAAGAGGCGUGUCCUGUCAGUGGUGACAAGGAUGGCAUCCUAUUUGUGCGUUUCCCUGAUGGAAGGCCGACAGGCGACGCCUUUGUCCUAUUCGCCAGUGAGGAGCAUGCUCAGUGCGCUCUCAGGAAGCACAAAGACAUCCUGGGAAAGAGAUACAUUGAGCUGUUCAAGAGCACCGCCGCUGAGGUGCAACAGGUGUUGAACAGGUACUCAUCAGCCCCUCUGAUCCCCGUGGCUCCAGCCCCCCUGGUGUCAAUGUUGCCCUCUGUGUCUCUGUUGCCCUCUCCUGGUGGCGUGAGGGACUGCCUCAGGCUGAGGGGGCUGCCCUACACCGCCACCAUAGAGGACAUACUGGCCUUCCUAGGAGAAUACACACACGACAUCAAACCACACGGAGUGCACAUGGUGGUCAACCAACAGGGUCGUCCGUCAGGGGACUGUUUCAUCCAGAUGCGUUCAGCGGAGCGGGCUUUCUCUGCCUCCCAGCGGGUCCACAAGCAGGUGAUGUCUGGUCCGGGCCAGGCUGGCAAGCGAGGGGUUAACAGCCGCUAUGUGGAGGUGUUCCCCUGUAGCGCUGAAGAGAUGGGUCUGGUGUUGAUGGGAGGCUCCCUCUCACACACACACAUUCACACACACACCCGGACCAGGAAUGGGACAGGGCUCAGCCCGCCGCCAUGUAAGUCCAGACGUCUGUCUCCUCCCUCCUACUCCUUCCCACCCGUCCCUUCCAUCCUGCCAGCUGAGGCUGCCGGCCUCUUCCCUCCCAUUGGGCAGGUGCUGCUGAGUCCCCGCCCCCUAGGACCUGGACACGCCUACUACCCAGCUAGCACGCAGCUCUACAUGAACUACACUGCAUACUAUCCCAGUCCCCCAGGUUCUCCCAACACUAUAGGGUACUACCCCUCCCCCACCCCCCUGCCCUCCCCUGGGGGAGUGGUCCGUAUGCAUGGCCUCGCCUAUAAAGAACUGCUCAACACCAUUCAGGGAUACCAGUACGCUACUGAGGAUGGCCUUGUGCAUGCUCAUGCUAACAUGCACGAUCACGAUCCCUCCCGGACCCUGCUCACGCAGCCCAAAGAGUGGCUUCCUAUGGAGGCAUUGCCUGUACUGAGCAGUAUGAUUGGUCAGUCCAGCAGCAGUGAUGCUCUGAUGCCCUUCCCCCCUCUCCUGACCAAGCAGGGACGGCACUACCUGGACCCAAACAUGUUGUAGAAGGCUCAAAGAUCCACACACUGACACUCACUACCCACACACUAUACCAGGGGUGUCAAACUAAUUUUACCCCAAGGCCCACAUUGGGGUUUCACCCAGAUCUGGAGGGCCACAUUGGGGUUUCACCCAGAUCUGGAGGGCCACAGUGGGGUUUCACCCAGAUCUGGAGAGCCACAGUGGGGUUUCACCCAGAUCUGGAGGGCCACAGUGGGGUUUCACCCAGAUCUGGAGGGCCACAGUGGGGUUUCACCCAGAUCUGGAGGGCCACAGUGGGGUUUCACCCAGAUCUGGAGGGCCACAGUGGGGUUUCACCCAGAUCUGGAGGGCCACAUUGGGGUUUCACCCAGAUCUGGAGGGCCACAGUGGGGUUUCACCCAGAUCUGGAGGGCCACAGUGGGGUUUCACCCAGAUCUGGAGGGCCACAGUGAAAAGUGGUUAUAUAUCCUUUUUUUCACAUAUAUAAGACAUGGCUCUCUAUAUUAAACUGUGCCGAAAGUUUGACACUCCUGCACCACAACAUCACACAACACACACAUGCAUGCCCCCCCCCCCAACGGACAUGUGGAUCUGGUCUGAGUUUUGUGGUAUAUACAGUGUAUAUGCAUGAGAGCAGAAAUGUAUUUUAUAUCAGAGCUUUGCCUCAGCCAAACAGCAGCUCUGUCUUUAUAUUGCACAUAGUAUUUUUAAAAAGCUUUCUAGAGACGUUCUAAGAUGUUACAACCACUUCAGGAGACUGUUAGAAGUAGAGCUGCGUUUAGUACUAAUUAUUGAUCUGAACCUUUCUUCAUGACUUGCAUACAUUUGUGUAUGUGUGUAAGUGCUUGUGUGUGUGUGUAUAAGUGUGUGUGGAUGUGUGUGCGUAAGUGCGUGUGUGUGUGAGAGAGAGAGAGGAAUGUGCAUAGUGCACUACUCUCUCUAGAUACUAUAUGUAUAUAUUUUUAUUUUAUACUGUCUGUCUAAAAACAUUAUAUUACAUUUUAUUUCUUUAUACUUUCUAUAAUUUUACAAUCCAAUACUAGAACAUUGUAUUAGGAAGCCUCCUGCAUGAAGAAGUUAGUAGUGCCAGCUACACUCAGAUGUUUACAUGUUAUGGCAAAUAUAAAGCACUGCUAACCAAUCAGAUUACUAUACAGAUUAUACUGUAUAUCAACAGCAUAGUGUCCGACAUAAAAGUUACAUGUAGUUAGUCAAAUGCUGAAUCACUCCCACACCCCUCCCAUCUAACCUGUUUAUGUUUGCCUAGUUUCACUCCACCCUUGCCUUUUGUAUGUGACGCCAAGCUGAGCCCAGAGCCAGGAGAUUACUAUUCCUGUUGCCGGGGGUGUAAAGUACUUAAGUAAAAAUACUUUAAAAUACUACUUAAGUAGUUUUUGGGGGGUAUCUGUACUUUACUUAACUAUUUAUAUUUUUGACAACUUUUACUCCACUAUGUUCCUAAAUAAAAGUAUGUAUUUUUUACUCCAUAGAUUUUCCCUGACACCCAAAGUACAAGUUACAUUUUGGAUGCUCAGGCAGGACAGUAAUAUGGUCCAAUUCACACACCUAUCAAUAUAACACGUUGUAAUCCCUACUGCCUCUUAUCUGGCGGACUCACCAAAAUAAAAUACUACGUUUGUAAAUUAAUGUACUUUUUUACAACAGUUGAGUACCUUUUCCACCACUGUACUUAAGGACAUUUUAAACCAGAUACUUUUAGACUUUUACUAAAGUCAUUUUCUAUUAAGUCAUCUUCACUUUUACUCAAGUAUGACAAUUGAGUACUUUUUCCACCACUGUCUAUUGCCUUACCCAGCUCGGUCCCAACUCACUGUGAUGGAGAUUUACCACUGUGCUCUCUGAUUCCUUACUGUAAUGUCACUGUGCCUGCAUGGCUGCAUCUCAACAGUCUACUUCCCUGACAUAAAAGGACAUAUUGUUCUUAUCUAUCAUGAGUUUUCAGAUCAGUGCAGACUAAGGAGGGGAGGCAAGGAGAGGACCGCGCUUCAGACUAUUGAAACUCAACCAGUGUGUUUUACUCCCAUGAAGGCCAGAUUAGACAGUAGAGCUAUAAAUGGCCCAUGAUGAUGUAAUACAUUGAUGUCUGCUGUGACUGUGGGUCCCUGGCUGUCCAGGGAACUCUCCUGUGACCACACUGACAGUCUAAUAAAUAGAACAUGUGAAACAA